GAAAUUAUCGUCUUCAGUUUGAAAUAUUACUAUUCCUUGGGGCGGUUCUGUUGCAUAUGUAUUACGAUCGUUCUGUGAAUAUUUACAAUUCACGACUUUGACUUAAUCACAUGGAUUAUGAUGCAAUUGUGGAUUAUAAAUUAUUGAAUACAAUAUAUUUUGAAUUACAUCAUUGCAUCAUUUUUCAUCAUACUAAUCACGUUACUGCGUUCAUCUGAAGAAUUUUUCAAAUUCCUUCCACUCAUGUGUCUAAUGUGAAUUAAUCAAUCGUCAUGAAUAAUGCUGAAUUAAUACGUCGUAUCAAAUGAUAAGAAAAACAAGAGAAUAAUGAAUUUCCGAUUACAAUGUUGUUACAAUGUAGACUGGAGUUUUAUGGAGCAAAGGAAAAAUAUUUGAUGUUCUUUGCAAUCAUUUCGUCAAGCAAUAUAUAAUUCGCAUGGCAGAAAAAAUCUAAACCUAAAAUAACGCAGUGACAACAUUUCUAAAUUUUAUGGUAGAUAUUUCGUGGCGUUGCUAUCAAUCAUGGUCAUGGAUGAAUACUAUUGCAUAAUCGUUCAAGUACUCGCGGGGGUAACAUGAGAUUGAAACUGCCCGGGUGAAGCUGUGGGAUUGGCAGCAAGGGUCCAAGUACUCCUGAAAUAAAUUCUCACUACGAAUGGUGUUCAUUCUGACUCUGCGCAUGAGCGACGGCGUUUUUUUCAGACGUACUAUUUUGAAAGUUUUUUUUGAAAUUUACAUUGUGCGCGGGGCCUCAAAGGGAAUUAAACGCAUAUAGUUGAGUGAUUUCGAGUGUUAAAGGAGAUUGUCCUCGAAAUUAAAUGAAAUUGCGUGAUUGAAAAGGAUUCUAGAAAUAUCCAGGAGGAUGGGACGUAAGAGAAAGCCAGUGACUAAAGCAAAUGGUGCAGUGAAUCUUUCCAAUAAUUCAGAAACAUCGAUAAAUGGAAGUUAUUCGAACGAGAUCGAUCAGUCAACUUCCCAAACAUCAAUACUCGAUAUUUCUUCACGUUUGACUCUACCAUUGAAACCCUUCGGUGUUGACUUGUCAGCCGACAGUGACGAUGAGGAAAUAUUGGAAUUCCAAAUAAGACCUCGUUUUUUUUACGUGUCAAGUUUGUGCUUAGUCUGCAUGAAUCAAUAUACAAUACAUUGCAACGAUUGUGGAAUGGUGUCCUAUUGUUCCGAGAAGCACAGGGAAGAGAAUAGACGACAGCACGCGGCAUUAUGCAAAGUUCUAUUGGAAAUUUGUGGAGGAAUGGAAGGAUUCUCCCUAGCGAAAACACUGCCGCCUGAUUUGUACAGAUCCUUCCGAAUAAAAACAAUUAACUUAGUCGAGAAUAAAAUGAAGAGACGUCUGGACUUGUGGGAGAGGGAGAUUAUGUUGUACCCAAAAAUAUGUGGAUCCUGUGGAAAAGUGGAUAAUUUGAUCUGCUGUCCCGUUUGUGGAAUGGAUUUUUACUGUGAACGUCAUGAGCAGAAUCACGGGAAACGGUGCAAAGAGUUUCGAAUAUUUCGGAGAGUCCUCUGGAUGCAGCAUAAAUACGGAUUCAUCGAGCCCGAGGCUCCCCUUGUUCAUUACAAAGAUCCCCGCGUGCUACCGGAAAAUUUCGACUUUCUCAUUUACGACAUGUAUAAAAAUAGUCCAAGCUAUAGGAGAAUUGACAGCUACACUUACGCCUGUCUGUCCCAUGUCGCUACCGCACCACUGACAGCAUUGUUUGCCAUGCAAAGAGCUAUUCCUGAUUGGACGACACGAACUCAAUUUCGGGUUCACAUAAUUGGAGCUGAAUUUCAAUUUGAAUGCUCUUUACUACGCGUGUGGGAGAAAUUUUUCAUUCAUUUUCUACCACGUUUGAAGACGUUGGCUAUAGAAUUCACUGGGCCCGAGUUGUAUCUGCCACCGGCACCACCAGCACUCCUGGGAAAAAUAAAAAUGUGCAGAUCUUGUAAAUCCGCUGGCAAGAGGAUUCAAAUAUCAUUUAAUCCCCAGAGACUGUAUCACGACGUGGAGCAUGGAACGCAAGUGGAUCUGAUAUGUCUCUUCAAUCCUGGACUUUAUCGAGAAACUGGUUUCGAUAAUACGGAUACGUGGCCUGAUACGAUAAUGAAAUUUUGUGCUGCAAAGGUCCCAGUUGUCGUCACGUCGUACACUGAAUUUGAGAUACCGAGGGAUGUUGAACGAAUAAAGUCUGUUAGAGAUAUCCAGGUGCUGCUGGAGCCCCAACGUAAUCCUUUCGGGUCAGUCAAACCCGACAGGAAUUUCGUUAGUGAUGAUGUCGUCCCACUGAUGUACAAGAAUUACUGUAUCAGUAUUGUGAAAGGAUUGUGAUUCAGAGUCGCCUAUUAUUUUAUUUCUGCUCGUUUAAUGGCACACAAAAGUGUUCCAUUCCAUCCUCAGGAAUUGUGGUGGCGAUGGCUGCAUUUGUUACAGAAAAUCACAUGUGCUACCGGAAAAUCUCGCCUUUCUCAUCCACGACAUGCGUAAAAAUAGCCCGACUUAUAGGAGAAUGGAUUUGGAUAUCUAUACUUACACCUGCUUGUCGCAUGUCACCACUGCACCGUUGACUGCAUUGUUUAUUAUUCAAAAAGCUAUUCACGAUAGUUAUUGCCGAGUUGCUAUGAAUGUUCCUUAUUGCCAUUGUAAAAGACGUUUUUCUAAUAUAUUUCUGUAUAUUGGAAGGAGAUGGUGAUUCUCAACAGAUAUGAUUAUUCGGUUUUGACUCUUUUAAUUGAGCAAAGUUAUGACAAAUUCAAUUCUUAUGCACAAACAUUUUGCGACUGUAUGAGUAUAAAUACAUUGUUUAGGAUAAAAACAAAUUUAUAUAAAAUAUUUGAUAUGUAUUCUGAUAGAAAAUGGUCCCGCAUUUUCAUAGACUCAUGUAUAUUCAUGAUAUCGACACACGCUCAUUAAAUAAAAUCCACGGUCUGGACAUUCACUCGUUCUGCGUCAACAUUUUUCCCUUCAUCAUAAUGAAUGAGCACUUAUAAUAAUACUAGGAAAAUGUUUAACAUGGUUAUCUCCAAUUCAUUCAUCAAACACACUCAAUAUAAAUCUCAUUGCAUGAGGAAUACUCUUGAUAUAAAAUAGCACUGGAUUCUGGAAGCUUGCAAUUUCGUGCUUUCGUGGGGUGUCGAUUACAUUUACGAUCUAAUUAAGUUCACUAUAAAAGUAGAAACUAGAGGAAGAACGUGAUAGAUUUACGGUAACAGGGUUGGAAAUAAUUUCAAAUUGACUAAAACUUCCCAAUGAUUUUAGCACUCUCUGAUUCUCAAGUCAGACGGAGCACAGCGAGCAAUGCGGCGAUGAUGACGGUGGAAACGGGAGUGGAGAACAUGCUCGGCGAGGAGUUUGCAACUUCGUAGUAAAAUCGAUUGUAAGCACGAUCACAGUGGGAUGGCCAGUCUUUCAGGCAACUGGCGUAGGCUACAGCAUGGGCGAUGUAGUUUUGUUCGAAAGUACCUCUGAAGAGGUGCGAAUAGGGUCCUGAGGAUAAAAAUCAUAGUCUUUAACUCAUUAUUUCGCUAAUGGAGCUUUCAUUAAUCGGUCGAAUAUGGAAUGAAAAUGUGAAGGACCAACAGAGUCUAGGAUUUAACUAAAAAAUUCCAACUGUGGGCCAUACCAAUAGCAUAAACUCCAACGUCUUCACCGCCAUGUGUGUCAUCCUUCAGGUACAUUGGAGAGAAGAAUCUGUAGAAAGGCUUUACCCUGUUGGGAUCAUCCUCAACUCUUCUGAAGGUAUCAGUGGAAUUGGUACUAUUCAACUUAUGAUACAUGAAGCCGGGACCAUUGGCAUAAGUCAGGGUUUCAUAAGGUCUAAUUUUUGGAUCGAGUUUGUUAUUUGCCAGUCCGAAAAUAUCGUUGCCUCGUUCUGGAUAGCCGUUCAUGGUGAAACUGUGAGAGUGGUCAGCGGUGACGAUGAUCAACGUUUCUUCGAUGUUCACUUGACUUAGAGCCAUCUUAACCGCUUCCUCCAGCUCCGUCACUUCGCGGAGCGCCAACCUUGCGUAAUUUUGAUGGUGGGCGAUGUCAAUUUUUCCACUCUCGACCUGGGGAGAUUCAUUACAUUUUUAGAAAACCGGUAACGAAACUGGUUGUCGUAGAUUACGUGUUUUUACAGACUAUGGGAUAGGAUACGCUUCAAUUUAUAGUUUCACGGUGGAGAAUACGUUUGAAAGUGACAUGUGGCCUUGCUUGAUAUCCGGGAAGUAUCGCAGAUAUCCGUAAAUUAUGAAUUCACCGAUUUUGCUGUCAACGAAUAAUUAGUGGGAAGGAAAUAAGAGGAAUGAUAUCAAUAAAGGCAGAAGGAAUGCAAGAUUUUUCUCAUGUUUUCAGAUAAGGGGACGUCCUUCUCCUUAUCUGAGAUGAAAUUUUUUUCAGAUUUCCGGAUUACUUUACAUCCAGAAAAUUACGGCUUCAAAAAUCUCAAUGAAAAAAUAUUUCAUGGCAUAUUGGAGUAAAAUAUUCUUAACAAACUAAUAGACAAAUAACCAAAUUAUUUACCAUGAGGAAGAAUCCGUUCUUGUUUUUCCGGAGCAUUCGAAUCGCCUGGAGUGUCAUGUUCGCUAAAGUCGGAGUAUUUUCGGUUCUCACUUCAUGGUAGGGCAUAUGACUUGACGCGAAGAUCCCCAGGAGUUUCGAUGAUUUGGCGAUAUCCAACGACAUAAGAUCAGAUGCAUUUGUUACGAAUUUUCCCUGAGGAUUGAAUUCUUUCCAAAUCGCUGUUAGAUCUUUUCCAUCGUCUCGUACACAAGUCUCGGAGUCGAGGGGAUCGUUCACGGGAUGGCCCAUAUUCUGACCACCGCCUCCCAUAAUUACCUGCGUGAAUAGUAAUUAUUGAAGACAAAUCAGUUUUAUAAAUUUAAUCCUAGAAUGAGAACAUGCGCCAAUUUUUUGGAUUCAAAUCAUGAUGGACACUGCGCCCGCACCGGUAGGCCCAUAAAACGUGAGGAUUGUAGGUCUCAGUGUAUUCUUCCAUUGUAAAAACUGCCUCCAUGCCCCAAUUUACUGAUUAUUUUUCAACAACAAGAUCCAGAAGCUCUGCUAAUCCAGUCUUUUCAAUUGCGAGAUUGAGCUCAAUGAAAAGGCCGGAUAUGUGGUACGAUAAAAGAGUCCUCCUCUAAUUGGCAGUUGGCCUUGACCUUUCUUCUCCCAGGUCAUUAACAUAUAUUCUCAAAUUCACACUACGUCUGUCACGUAAUCACUCACGUUAAUUGUCUUCCGAACGGUAGGAUCUUGACAUCGUUCGUGAUAUAUUUACUGAUUGCCUCUUCAAUAACGAGAACUUUUUUCCGAAUGCAUCGCGACCGACUCAUUAUUGCCUUAUUUUUUAUUGGAAAUUCACGGUCCAAUUUAUUAAAUUGAAAUUUCAAACAAUUUCAAAACUAAAACAUCUAUGGAAACUUUUUUUUUUAUAUGACAGUAAAUGCGGUUGUUAAAUUAUUCUGCGAAAAAUCCGAAGAAUAAAAGUAAAUAUAUUCUCGAAUUUUUCAUUUGAAACUCCGGUUAAUUUGAUACUAAAUAUUCAUGUUCUUAUAGACUGUUCAAGUUAGGGAAAUGGCGAUUUAUUGUUUCUGAGAAAUGUGGAAUUCCAUUAAAUUUCUAAUUAAGCCUGAAACUCCAUUGUUUUUCCCUGUUAGUUAACAGUCAUCGUCACCUAGAAUUUUCAUUUCUUCUGACUCUACAUUUUGAUAAAUUCCAACUCACCUUGAAUUUAUUUCCUGGAGCAUCUUCAACCAAUUGGCGUGCAAUAUCCUUCGCGCAAUUCUUGUAUUCCCGCGGAAUAUUGCUAUUACACUCCCAGUCUCGAUUAUUUACAUGAGCGUAAAGUGCUGCCGGGGUGGCAUGAGUUAUCCUCGUCGUUGUCACAAAACCUGAAACCCAUUGUCUCCAUUAUCAUCUCAAAAAAGAAAUGGUGAGAAACGAAAGGAAUUCCGAUAUUGGAGUGAAAAAUUCAGUCGUGAUAAAUAUCGGCGUUUGGAUCGUGACCCCGACCAGGGCGAAGGUCGCCCUGUGGCCUUUAAAAUUCAUUGAACAUAUUCCUAUUAUAGAUAAUACUAACAAGGUCCACUCAACCACACAUUGUCUAUUGAAUACCCAGUUCGGUGGCUAUGAAUAACUCCUGUUUUGUUAUCGUAUGCGGUUAUCAUUUUGUCUAGAUAGCGUCUGAGCAUUUAGAAUCGCGGAUAAUAUCUUCAAAGGACAACAGCAACGCUAUCAAUCUGAGUGCGUAAAUAUGAAUACCCGAACAAAUUAUCAUGAGCAUAUCAUAAUUUCCUUAACAAUGCAUAGAUCAAUAAAGUGGAGUAUUGGUUCCAAGAAAAUGCCAACUCCAUAAGAAGUACCCGACGAAGCAUUUUCAAGGAUUCAAUCAAAAUCAAUUAGUUAAUUGGGACUAUUAUUAAUUUGCGCGACAUCAGCAUCGAUGUUAAAAUCUCCGAGAUUGGGAAAAACGUGUCACUCAUCUCCGAGAUUCCUGGAGAUGAGUGACACGUACCCGACAAGCACUGACGUACCCCUGAAAUUAAAAACGAUUUCCCUCUGCUCUCGAUAAAUUUUCCAAUGCCGCAUGAUUUUUUGCACGAGCCAAUAUCACCAGUAAAUUUAAUCACCAUGAAAAUGUCAAUGAAAAUCUUAAUUUCAUAUUUAACCUGUAUCCAUGCCAGUUGCUUGGGCCCAAUCGGCCAAGGUCGGUAGUUUUCUCGCUUCGUUGACAGUCGUGUCACAGGAAUUGUAGGAGGCCUUCGCAUCUAAACCAAUGACCUUGUACCGGCUCUUGACGCCGGAAAAUAUUGCAGUCGCUGUACCAGCCGAAUCCGGCACCUGCUUGUCCACGUUGUAAGUCUAACGAUAAACGACGACGAUUAAAAAAAAAGAUUAUGUAAAUCUGGUACGUGUGUAUCUCUAACUAAAUUUCAAAAUUAAUUGUUUAUGUGUUACAGAAUUAGGUAAAAAAAUUAGUUACACGAACGGAACAGCCGGGUAAUUAACGAGGAGAUCCAGAGGAAUGUAAAUCAUUUUAUGAGAAAAUUACCCUCGUAGUCGGUGGAUCCUCGGCUGAGUGAGAACGAAUGGUGGAAACUAACAGCCAGGCAGAAGAACACGAGACAACAGUCCAUAGUUCUGGAAGAAUAGUUUACUGCAAAUCUUCUCUGGUGAUGACAUUUCGAUUUGACGGAUGAGCAGGCAAAAAUUAAUUGAUUGCAUGGAAAGUUUGUGAUUGUUGAGAGCUCUUACGCAAUGAAAAUGUGGAUUGUUUCGGAAUUUUAAGCAACAGUGGAAAUUAAUGGGGAAAAAAUAAUAAAACGAAACUUCAUUUUCCUCGUAAUGUGCGAACAAUCUGGCAAAUAUACUUUUCUCAUGUAUUAUUCUGGACAAAAUAUUUUUCGAAUGAUAUUUAAGACCAAAGUCUAAUACCGAAAUGUUAGGGAAUAGUAAAACGACGGACAAUAAAAUGAGGAAUUCGUUAAA